AUAAAAGUGCCGGUAUAUAUUCAGAGGAGCAGAGGAGAAUCCAGGAGAGCGCGAAGAGAGAGAGGAGGAGGUAGAGACAGGCAGUGAGAACAGACAGAGUGAGACAAGAGGCAGAAGGACCAAGAAAGAGACAGGGAGAGAGAGAAAGAAAAGGUUCCGGGAUUGGAGGGAAGGAGGGAGCAAGUCGAGUCGGUGGGGCGAGCGCGCGAGCGAGCGAGGGAGGGAGGAAGGCAGCGAGGGAGGCGGGGGGCCUCGGAAGGGUGGAAGGAGGGAGGAGAAGGGCGGGGCACGGAGGCCUGAGCGAGGGACGAGACUCCGACUCUGACUUUCUCAGCCGAUCGACAUGUCACUCCUCCUGCUGGUGGUCUCUGCUCUCCAUAUCCUCAUUCUCAUCUUGCUUUUCGUGGCCACUUUGGACAAGUCCUGGUGGACCCUCCCUGGGAAGGAGUCCCUGAAUCUGUGGUAUGACUGCACAUGGAACAAUGUCAACAAAACGUGGACUUGCAGUAACGUCAGUGAUAAUGGCUGGCUAAAGGCAGUGCAAGUCCUCAUGGUGCUUUCCCUCAUCCUCUGCUGUCUGUCCUUCAUCCUGUUCAUGUUCCAACUCUACACCAUGCGUCGAGGAGGACUCUUCUAUGCCACUGGCCUCUGCCAGCUGUGCACCAGCGUGGCGGUGUUUACCGGGGCGCUGAUCUAUGCCAUCCACGCGAAGGAGAUCCUGGCUAAGAGCCCGCCGGGGGGCAGUUUCGGAUACUGCUUCGCCCUGGCCUGGGUGGCGUUUCCCCUCGCCCUCGCCAGUGGCGUUAUCUACAUCCACCUACGGAAGCGGGAGUGAGCGAACCGACUCACUGGCGACGCCCCCAGCCCGCGCCCACCCCACCUCUCACCCCGAAACCCCAGACCCCGCGCGUCCUCCACAAAAUAAAACGGUUUAACCGCCGGCUCUGCCUUUGCCUUC